UCUUUGACCUAAGCUGCUCCUAAGGCUUUUGUGGGUACUGGUGUGCGCUUCCUCCAGGAACUUGCUCUGCUUUUGUUCCUCUUCUCUGGCUGGGUCUGCUCUCUUGUUAAAUAAUGUAUUCUGUGCAAAGUGUGUGGCAUGGCAUCUGGAGUAUGGAUGUGUGCGUUAUAGGUGGUAACUGCUAACCCUCUUCCACCACCCCACCCCUCUCUCUUUCUCCUCCUGCUGGCUCUCUAUGGCCUGCAGGUGAACCCAGGAAAAUGAUUCCUUCACUGGGAGCUUUCAGGAUUUGGGACCCCUGUGCCUGAUUGAUGGCACCAGGCAAACCACGACUGGCGGGCUUAAUUGCAAAACUGAUCAAGCUGAAGAUGUAGUCACCAGCUGAAUUAGCAAAAUUUCAACGAAAAUGGCAGCCAGGUGUGGCAUGUUGGCCAUCAACGCAGCUGUCUUUCCCUCACGGAGCUCGGGCUCAGACAUCAAGUUGAUGACAUCCAUUCGCUUCUGGAAGACGGUUCUUUUACACGCGAUCUUUGAGCCAGACCCAGGGGACAGAAACCCAGGAGCAUGGCCACAGUGAGAGUUGAUGGACUGGACAAAGCUUCUAUAGCAAAUUCAGAUGGCCCCACAGCAGGUUCCCAAACACCUCCAUUCAAGAGAAAGGGGAAACUAUCCACCAUCGGUAAAAUCUUUAAGCCUUGGAAAUGGAGGAAAAAGAAGACCAGCGACAAAUUUAGAGAAACUUCAGCAGUAUUAGAAAGGAAGAUAUCUACAAGACAAAGUAGAGAGGAGCUGAUAAGAAGGGGAGUUCUUAAGGAAUUGCCUGAUCAAGAUGGAGAUGUAACAGUUAACUUUGAAAAUUCAAACGGGCACAUGAUACCCAUCGGAGAGGAAUCUACCCAAGAGGAAAAUGUAGGAAAGUCUGAAGAAGGUAAUGGCUCUGUAUCUGAAAAAACAACACCUCUGGAGGAAAAGUCAGAAGAUAAGAAAGAGAACACUGAAAACCACUCUGAAACUCCGGCAGCUCCUGCUCUACUUCCUCCAGCUCCUCCUAAGCCUAAACCCAAACCUAAACCCAAAAAAACACCUGUACCUCCAAAAGGGGCCACUGCUGGGGCCAGCCACAAAGGUGACGAAGUGCCUCUCAUUAAAAAAAAUGCCAAGGCUCCUGGUAAGCAGGCCCCUGUCCCUCCACCCAAGCCAACAAGCCGAAACACGACCCGAGAGGCUGCUGGUUCCUCUCAUUCUAAAAAACCAAGUGGCUCCAAAGCGUCGACUUCACCAUCUACUUCAUCCACCUCAUCUCGUCCCAGAGGUUCCAAGGAGGCUGUUGCUAGCAAAACGGGGACAGCGGGGACUAUAAAGGGCAAGAAAAAAACUGGCAAGCAGCCAACGACAUCUCGACUCUCCUCAGAAACCAUCACUUCUGGUACAUCUGACCUCACAGGAGAGCCUCCAGAGACCAGAGUGGAAAGUCUCAAACCCAAACAGACUGUCCCUGGGGCAGAGGAGCAGACCACAAGCAAGUCCAAGUCCUUAGUCCCUGCUCCCCCCAUGGCUCCACCACCUUCCCCCCCAGCCCCUUCUCUUCCUCUUGAGGAUCAAUGCAUUGUUGCUUCAGACACUCCAGUUGUCCUGGUCAGCAAUGGAGCUGACUUGCCCAUCUCUGCCUUAGACCCAAGUCCGUUCCUUUGGACUGAAGAGACGACGUGCAGAACCAUGCUCCCCUCAGGCACUGGCUUAAAUGCUAGCAGAGAAAAUGCAAAAUGCUUCACAACCAAAGAUGAGCUGGGGAAGGCAGCACCUCAGCUGCUCUCCCCAGGGCUGAUGGGAGACUCUUCAGAAUCCUUCAGUGCCCCAGAAGACGAGGGCCCGAGGGAGUACCAGGCCAACGACUCUGACUCCGAUGGACCCAUCUUGUACACUGAUGACGAUGAGGAAGAGGAUGAGGAUGAGGACGGCAGUGGAGAAAGUGCUUUGGCAAGUAAAAUACGACGAAGGGAUACUCUUGCUAUCAAACUUGGCAACAGACCAUCCAAGAAAGAGUUAGAGGACAAAAACAUCUUGCAACGCACAUCUGAGGAAGAGAGGCAGGAAAUCCGACAGCAAAUUGGAACCAAGCUUGUCAGGAGACUCAGCCAGAGACCCACAACUGAAGAAUUAGAGCAAAGAAAUAUAUUGAAACAAAAGAAUGAAGAGGAAGAACAAGAAGCAAAAAUGGAACUUAAACGCAGACUCAGCAGAAAGCUCAGCCUGAGACCCACAGUAGCAGAGCUCCAAGCUCGAAGGAUCCUACGGUUUAAUGAGUAUGUGGAAGUCACUGAUUCUCCCGACUAUGACCGACGAGCAGACAAGCCCUGGGCCAGGUUAACACCUGCAGACAAGGCAGCAAUAAGGAAAGAACUAAAUGAAUUUAAAAGCACAGAAAUGGAAGUUCACGAAGAGAGUCGACAGUUUACAAGGUUUCAUCGUCCAUAGUGAAGUGCAAGACUAUUUGGGAAUGUGGACUGAUCAUCUUUAGGGGAAGCUCUGCUUCCUGAAAACCUGAUGUUGCACUGGGAUUUGAAUGUGUGUGUUUCCGUUUAACUUGGGGUGAAGGCAGCAUGUGACUCAGCCUUGUUCGAAAGUGCUCCUCACCUGUACAGCGCAGAUGGGGCCAACAAGCCAAAAGAAAUAUGCUGUGACUCUUGCCUCCCAGAAUGUGUAUUGGUGGUAAGGGACACCAGUUAUUCUUCAUCAGGAGUUUUAGUCAAAGAAGAUGAGCAGAAGACAAUCGCUGGCUCCCCAUUACCUGAAAGCCAAAUUGUAUAGUGCAGGGUAAAGAAAAAUGGUGAUUGGAGUUGCUGGGCACGGGAAAGGGGUGGGAGUUGAAAAUUGGAAAGAAAGAGAAAUAUUUCAUUAUGUUAAUGAAGAAAAGAGAAAAUGGAAGCAUAAAUAUAUUUUUGAAGAGGGCAUUUGGUAGCUGAAAACUUAUUAAGGGAUUUGGGAAUCUAGUCACCCAAUGAGGAUUCCUUGACUUGAUUCUGAAAAAAUACUCUUGUUUCACCAUUAAGUUUAUACAGUAUAGUACCAUUAUUUUAUGUUGUGCCAGUGAAUCCAGUUGCCAGAAAUACGUCUGAAUGUUUUCAUGCAUCUUUUUCUUAAACGCAAGAGGCUUCAAUGGACUCUUGAUGAGCAUGCUUGCCCAAAUUUUGUUGCAUGCCUUAAGUAGCAUAGCUAUACACACUUGACAUUUUUUAUACUCCUUUCUUAGUGUAUCAACCUUCCACAGGAUAACAGGACUGGGAAUAAAGUCAGAUGUAAUGUGACCCUUUAAAACUGUAACAGGCUUCAGAAAUUAACCUUUUGGCCUUUCCCUGUCUUGAUUAUCUCCAAAGUCAGAGCAAUUGUACUUGACCUAAAGGUGAUAGCAUCGACAAUCAUGACACCUGGUUUCAAACCUGAUUCUAAAUUAAGUGAGAUACAUGUGCUCUGCCUGCAGUUAGUUCUCAGUGGGAAUGCAAAGGGCCAGUUAUUUUUCAGUGCUGCAUAGCAAAAGUUGGGUUGCUGCUAUUAAAAACAAAUAAAUGAAGCACAUAGUUUUUAAAAAUACUCAUCCAAAGGCUUAAAAGAACACAGCAAAUUUCUGCUAAGUCAUGUGUGAGAAAAACCUUGUCAUAUUUUAAAAAUCUGCAGCUUGCAUUCAUAAUAUAGUAUUUACUUUCAAUGCAAAAGUAUCAGUGAGAUUGAAGUCAUGGAUAGUUCCCUGUGAACUUAUAGUCAGCAUUGUUUACAUUAAGAAACCAUCUAUUGUUGUAUUGUUAUUUUCCAUGGAGUAACAGGCACAGUAUGACUUCUGCUCCCAAACUCAUAUGGCCAUUUUUAAAUACUACCUGGUAUUUAAUUGUUUUUUCAUUAUUUUUUUGCCUCUUUUAUUAAAAACACAUGAAAGAUAUAAAAAGAAGAUAAGUUUUAAAUAGAUUUUAUUUUAUUCUGAAAGCUUGGACUAGAAUUUUUUGCAGUGUUUCUGGUCCAUAAUAAUGUAAGACAUUCAUUUCCAAUUUCAACCCAAAAGUGGGCAUUUAAUCUGAUGAAUAAAUGUAGAUUCUGCUACUCAUUAAUAUUUUGUAGAACUACUUAUAUUGAAUGAUGAAAAGUUGGUCUAUUAUAAAAAGUUAGGACCAUUUUAUAACUAAGAAAGUAAUCAGCAUCACACCUCUUGUCGCACCCAGCCUUGUGCAUUCUUCACUGUUGUUUCGCUAAUAGGAUAAGACAUAUUUUUGCUUUGAAAACCUUUUUCUAGCUGCCCAAGGGUCUCUCUGUGGCUGAGAUUUUAUAUAUUUAUAGUGUUUCAAACCAGCCACAAAAAUUAAAUUUGGCCUAAUUAUUUUUCCAAAAUCAUCUUUUUCCUUAUGCUAUUUUAUUAUCACUUUAGUGUAUUGGGAAAAAUGCCAAGAUAAAAAAUUUUUUUUCAUUUUGUAUGCUUAUCAUCUUUGAACAUGUUUUAAAAAUUUCUAAUCACGAAGUCUUUAUAUAAUGGUAAAUAUAAGACAUUAUCACUCAAGAUAUAUGUAGUAGAAAGUUUCUAUUUGGUUGAUAAAAUAUUUUCCUAUUAGUGGUGGAUAUGAUGCAAUUCUUUAUUCUCUAUAAUGAGAUAUACCCAGUACAAAAAUGAAAUGCUGAUACUUCAAAAGGUUCAUGUAAAAUGAAUUAAAAGAUUUUUAAAUCCACGCAUAUGAGGGAUUCUCUAAAAAGGCCAUGGAAAUGCUUAGUAUGAAAAAUUCUGCAUGAACUUUUUAAAAAUUGGCCCCAAAUGAGGUCAUCUUUUAUUUUCCAUGAACUUUUUGAAGUCCCUUUGUUUCCUUGUGUAUAACGACAAUGUCUGAUUUAUGAACUACCCACAAUUUGUCUUCAAACUGAAGUUUAAAAGUAAAAAAAAAAAAAAAUUAACUACUGCUAAUCUAAAUGUUAAGUAACUGGAAUAAGUUACUUCAUUGUAACCACUUAUUUUGUUAAAAGUAAUCAUUAAAUAAAAACCUAUGGAAGGAAUUAAAGGAUUAUGAGCUUAGCUGUAUUUUGCAGAAUAGGGCUGUUUUAAUAGUUAAUUUUAAAAGGCAGAAACACUGCUUAUCCCCACCAGCAGUCCAUCCAUGGGUCUCCUGCUUGGUGGCCCUAAAAGAAAGUGAAGGUGUAGACACCUUCCAUAUAAUUAUGCCUCUGCCCACUGCCCACGUUUCUGCAGUCCCACUGAUCAGCUUAUGUUCUAUAAAGAAAACAAAUGUGUGUGGGAAUUGGAUUACUUUUGUUGUUGUUGUUGUAACACAAUUCCAGGUUUUUCACUAUUCAAAUUGUGACAUUAGGUGACAAAGAACAAGUGAGUGGGUUUUCCUGAGUCCCCAGGAGGUGAUUAAGGAAGAAAACAAACCCAUCUCCAGGAAGGUCCCACCCAGCAAAGAACUAGAAAGACCAUAAAAACUAAUUGACCAUUUCCAUCUCUUUCUUAAAUGGAGGGAGGAAACCACAUGGAUAUUAAGGUAGCAAGAAGCUGCUCAACAGGUUUUCUCAGCAUCUUCGUGGUCAUUACCAGUCAGUCUGAAAAAUUAGUCUCUGGAGGUCAGCGUUAAUUUAAGACAGCUUGCCUAAUAACUCUGUGUAGGUAAAGCGUCUUGCAUUUUGUUCUGUUUCUGGUAAUUUCUCUUCAUGUUAAUUCCUCAAACUAUUUAACUGAAAACUAUAAUAUUCAGAGAGUCAUUUUUAGCAUUUGAACAGCUAUUUUAAAGGAAGGAAAAAGCAGACAUAUCUGUCCCUCUGUUUUACCAGAAAAACUGGCCUUCUGGUUUCGUCUUCGUAUCUUUUGUUAGCAUGAGUAUAAUCAUUUUUUUCUGAUGUUAUUAAAUAUAUUCUGUUAGAAGAAAAUUCUAAAAUUUACAUAAAUAAAAAAAUUGAACGCACCAUUCAAAAUUGCCACAUUUGAAAAUAAGAACUGAGUCUAAAAUCCGAAACUCGGGUUUUACACUCUGCAGUUAAAUUCAGUGCUGCAUUGGCACACUUAAAAAAAUGUAAUAGCUCACACUUACAAGAGGGAAAAAAAACUAUGUUGCUGCUACCUGUCCUGAUACGUAUCACAUUGACACAUAGUAGACAUUUUUACUUCCAUUUUUUAGAGUCAGACACAUACAACUUUGAAAAAUCAUACUGGAUUCACAACAGAAACAGGUGGUCUUUUCUACUGCAUCAUGGAAUUCCACACUCCAAUGGUGAUAAGUCUAUUUUCUUCCUUAGUCUGUUAUUAUUUUUAAGUGCUGCUUGCCACAAACUUCACAGAGGGAGAACACUUCCUCAGAGAUGAGAUGAAAUUAAACCAUCUUAAGAUACAUUAAUCUACGUGGUUUUCCUCAGUGUGGAUAGGGCUGUUUUAACCUUCCUAAUUCCCAACCAUAUUGAGGCUAUCAUUACUAGUGAAAGCACAAACUGUAAGCAUUCAUUUCUUCAGGUUGUUACAGUAUGCUAUAAGUGCUAAGGAGCCACUUGGGUGCAGUUUAUCUAGCAAAUUAUUCCUUAGCUUAGUGGUUAAUCUUACACUAUUGAGUAAUUUGCUCUGUACUCACUGUGCUUAAAUUGUUUUACUGGGCAAAGCAGAUGAACUUCUAGGACUAAAAGAUGUCCUAGAGGGAAAAAGCAAUGACAAAAGUAAUCAUCAAAUUAAUAGGAACAUGUUUCUGAGAGAAAGCUCAUCCCCAGAUAUUUUAAACCCAAGCUUCAACGAGAAGCUUAAGACUUUGCUAUAAAAGCAGAUAGUGACCAAAAGGUGGUGGAGAUGAUGGUAGAAUACCCCCAGACCAUUCUCAUUUUCACUUUGCAUUUACAUUUUGUAAUCAAUUACCUUAAGGUCUGUCUAGAAACACAGGACACCAUUUGCACUUCUAGAAAGCAGCUGAGACAUAAAAACCUAUCCGUUUUUGAAGACCAGGUCAUCCCAAAUUAUGAAUUCCCAUUGUAUGUGUUGAUUUCUGGCAAAGAAAUGGAGAACUGGUGGCAGCUAUUUCCAUCCAAAGCCAACUCUUAGAAACAGUCAUUUUCAGUCGUGCUGGGAUUUGCUGCACACACACACAAAGUCCCUUAGUUUAUCAAAUUGUGAGCACAGCUGCAUGUAUGAGCAAAGCCCUGUUGAUCAGUGUUUCUCAGUGGGGUGCUGUUGGCAUUUGGAGCUGCACAAUUCUUUGUUGUACAGAAAUGUCCCACGUAUUGCAAGAUGUUUAAUGUCCCAGGACCCUGCUGGCUAAAUGCCAGGAGCUUUCUCAGUUGCUGUGAAAACCAGUGGUAAAAAACCUUCCCCCAGGUGCAAAUGCCCUUCUUGGAGGGUGGUACCCCGCACCUGAACUCCACUGUCUCUCUGCCUUGUGUUUCUGUAGGCCUGGGUGCUGUUUCUCCUUCUGUGAAGCUUUAGCUUGCCAGUUCUUCAGGACAGAGGGUGCCAGGCAGCCUCGCAGUUCUGGUGGUCAUAAUAACUUAACACAGUCUCCGUGGGUACUUGAGGACAGAUUUUACACGAAGCAGGCUUUUUUGUCUUUAUUGUUUGGCCUCACCAUUUCAUUACAGGCCUCCACUAUUGGUCUUAAUUCUUGUCAACGUCAUGAGGAUUGUCGCACGGGUUAAACACAAACACAACUGCUAACAUUCCACAUAGGCAAAGCCCGUGGUCUUUGGGAGUCACCUUUGGCUUUCACCUGGUGACAUCUGUGUCCCAGGAAUUCCCAGAGAAUUAAUUGCAUGCUUGUCCUAUUAAUGAAGCAUUUAAUUCACUUGCAAAGGCUACAGUACCCCUUGUGUAAAUACAGUCAUGCACUUCAACUUUUCUAACAAGAUUUUGAAUCCUGCACUACAAAGGAAAUACAGAUAAACUGUGGAUUGCAUGCAUGUCAUUCAUACUUCCUUGAUGGUCACCCACAAAGCAAGGUGUGCUUUACCUUGACGAAAAAUUAAACUGCCCUAAUCAGACAGAAACAUGCUUGGUCUCUUUGUCCCUGUCUGUCACCAAAACUGAAUAGUAAGGAGGUCUUGAAAUUAUUUAGAUAAACUGUGGCUAAUGGAAAGAAACCAAUGUAGCUACUAUCAUUUUUAAAAUACCAAAAAUUCUUAAGGUUUUUUUUUUUUUUUUUGAGGCACAGCAAAUCAGAGUCAAUAAAGGUGAUUAUAUUGUAAACUUUUAGAUGGUGCUGAAGAAUUCUUUUUAAAUAGCAGUAUUUUUUUUUAAAGAGAAUACAUUGAAAGGAGUACAUGAGGCAGAGUGCCACUCCACCCUCAGGUCAAUUUUAUGAUAUAAUAAUAAGAUGCCAAUAAUAUUUGCGCCACUUGCCAAGUUGGGGGUUUUUCCCUUCCUGGAUACUUUUGUUAUUCUUUGGCUGUUUUGUUGUUGCCACUGCAGUGCUGACUAACAUUUGGAAAUAAUCUGAACGAAUUGAGGGUCAAACCACUUUUAUUCCUUAAAGCACAGGCACUAAGUUUUCUUUCUCCUUUUUAAAUUUUCUGUGGCUUAGAAACAUGCCAGUGUGUUCAAACCAUUCUACACCAACUUCACAGAUUUAGUACCUGCUAGAAAUUCCAACUAGUCAUUUUUUUCUUAUAUAAUAGUGAUUUUUAAUUAAUGGACUAAAUGUAUUCAUUUGUUACUUCAACCUUUGGAUAAAAUGAUAAGAAUGGUAUGCUGUGAUCAUUAUCAGACUGCUUGAAAGAUUCCUGAUUUCCAGUGCGCAAUCUAGUCCUACACAGGUAUAAUAUCUGUGAGUGUAAAUAACUGGAACUGUACAAUGACUAACAUGACAGUUUCUUUUUUUUGUUCUUCAUCUGUACUGUAUGAUAUAUAGUAUGUGGGUAUAAUUAUCUACAAGUAUACACACAUAUGUAUAUGUAUUCCACUAUUAUAACCUGAAAGAAAGACUAUGUAUUACCUUUUUUAUUCCGUACUGGUGUUUGUGUUAUUUAAAAGGCAAAAUUAUGCUCUAUCUAGUGGUAUAAUAUAAUAGGAUACUUUGCUGUGCACAAUUCCAAGUGCCUUAGAACAUUGUUUAGCUUUCCUAAGUAUAUAGAACUGCAGAUAUGUAUAAAAUUGGGAAAAAUUACCUCAAUAAAAUUAUUGGGAAAUCCCCA